GCCACAGAGAUGAUGCGUUAUUUGGUCCGAUGUGUUUUUAUCCGCGGAGUACUUUCUCUGCUAGGAGGAUAGUUCUGGAAAUAUAAAAAUCUCCACCGAGAAGCUGGACCGAAGAUUAUCAGCUACGAUGUUGUCCUGUUUGUGAAGUUUUAUCAGGAUGCAUACGACACGUAGCCCCUCGUCCAUCCCGACAGGCACCCCAGGGGAYGCUCUGGACCUCAGCCUGUCCGGCUCCCAGCUUCACAUGUCCAAAAGACCCAGCAGCGCCUCUCCUGGGAAGUACUUCUCUCGGUCCGUGUCUGUGGCCGGCGACAGCAGGGGGAAGCGUAACACGCUGGGUGACGCCAGCGCCGGGAGCUCCCGCUCCAUCAAGAACUUGAGGCGGUCCAACAGCACCACACAGGUCAACCAGCAGGCCAACCUGAGCUUAAGCCAGAACCGGAGCGAGGACUACCUGGCUCUUUUUGACAGCAGCUCAGAUGGAGGCAAGAAACCGGCGAGCCUCAGCAAAAUGUCCCUGGAGAGAACCACAUGGAACAUACUGGAUGACCAGCCCAGAGUGUUWCCAUCACAUUCCAGCUCCCGCAGCACGGGCAGCGUGGACUCGCUCACCAGCCUCAAGAAGAAAGAAGCUGGUAUCAGUCUGGCUGCCACCUUCACUGCCAACAACAGGAGCAACAAAGGAGCCGUGGGCAACUCUGUGACCACCAUCUUACACAACAACCACUCUGAGAAGCCGCUAACACCUAAGAGCUCAAACCAGAAGCCUUCAUUUAAUAACAUCCAGAAGGCCACAGCAAACGAUGAGGUUCUGCUGGAGAACAGCUCCGUCACAAAGUCCCAGAAGAAUUUCUCCUCCUCGUCCUCCACCCCCAACAACAGAUCUCCAGUCUCGGCUCCACGCGGCAGCCCCGUCCCACCGCGGAGGAGAGCRGUCACCGAGGAGGAGGCCGAAAGGUUUAUUCAGCAGGUGAACCAGGCUGCAGUCACCAUCCAGCGCUGGUACAGACGGCUGGCCGAGAGGAAACACGGCAACCAGGCGGCGCUCAGACAAAUCCUGGCCAAGAAAAAACAAGAGUGGGAGGAGAGACGAGAGGAGGACGCCGAGCUGCAGCAGCAGAGGAAGGCUGAGGACAGGAAAAGGAUUCGUGAGGAGAAAGCUCGACUCGCUCGUCUCGCUGCCGUCCACGAGCUGCAUCUGAAGCGAGCUCAGCGAGCUGCAGAGGCRCAGCUCGAGGCCGAGCAGGACAACCCGGGGGAAACGGGUGCGGUGGGACGGAGGAAGCAGCCCAAGGCUUCCCUCGCCGUUAAAGGCCCGGCUUCUCCGAGCAACAACAGCCUGAUGUCACCAACUCACACUAAAACCAAAAACACAGACUCUAACCUGAACGUUAAGACUGAGUUGUGUGAGCUGAGCUUCAGAGCUGUUUCUCCAGCGUUGUCCAGUCCCAGAAGCUCUCAGUGUUCUCAGGAGGACAAAGCAGAAGGAGAGAGUCAACAACAGAGAGGUGACAGGAAACAGAUCCAUAAAGAGAAGUCCGGUCUGACUCGCCUGGCUGCCCCCCAGCACAGYACUUCUGAUGAGCUGCAGCAGAAACGAGCCCAGCGAGCGGUGGAGGAGCAGCACGCAGCCGAGGCUGAGCUGGAAACCGUCAGGCGGGCGGGUUCAGCGGGACGCAAGAAACUUCUCAGAGUUUCCUCGAGCAGCGGCAGCCAGAAGUCGCCCACAGACACUAAAACCAACAACACAGACUCUAAUUUAAACCCUUCAGGUGAUGGAGGGGAUCUCAGCUCCAGAGCAGUUUCUCCACUUUUGUCAAACCGCAGGGGAUCCCAGUGUUCCCAGGAGGUCCUGCAGAGGUCCGUGAGCGUGGAGGACCAGCACCAGGCGGUCCCGUCUAAAACCACCCUGAACGAGCUGCUGGACACCCUGAAGCUGUUAGAAGAAGAGCCGGCGGGUCUGUCGGAGCCGCUGGGCUAUCAGAAGGAGAAAUACGCCUGGAUAGAUGAGGAUGGAAACUCGAACUCGCUGACCGCCGACAACCUGGAGCGUCACGGCCAGCUGAGCCACCACCAUGCGCUGCCAGACGGGGGCGCUCUCCUGUCCGAGGCCAAGCUGCAGAGCAUCAUGAGCUUCCUGGAUGAGAUGGAGAAAUCUGAGCAGGAACGGCCUCGAUCCGUCACCUCAGGGUCACACAGAGAGGCCGUGCUGUCUGAGGAGGAGCUGGUCGGAGUGGAGCAGGCGUCGGCCACAGCAGCUGAACUCACCGGCUCCAUGAUGAGGAUCAAACUGGAGCUAGAGGAGAAGAAGCGCACAGUCAGCAUGCUGCAGGCAGCUCUGAGCCAGCAGAGGGCGCUGACGGCGAGACACGUGAAGGAGAUGGAGAAGGAGCUGAGCAGAAACUUCCAGCUGCAGAAGGAGCAAUACGAAGCCACCAUCCAGAGACACCUGACUUUCAUCGACCAGCUCAUCAAUGACAAAAAGGCUCUGAGCGAGCGCUGCGAAGGAGUGGUGGCCGAGCUGAAGCAGGUGGACCAGAAGUACACGAAGAAAAUCUCCCAGAUGCAGCAGCAGCAUGAAAUGGUGUGGCAAAUUCUCGGCCCCUUGUGUGAGGAGAUCAAAAAGCUAAAGGACCUGAUGAGCGCCUCGGAGAAGAUCCGCAGAGAGAAGUGGAUCGAUGACAAAACCAAGAAGAUUAAGGAAAUCACAAUCAAAGGAUUGGAGCCGGAGAUCCAGAAGCUGAUCUCUAAACACAAACAGGAGCUGAAGAAGCUGCGGACGCUGCACGAAGCUGAGCUGCUGCAGGCGGACGAGCGGGCGGCGCAGAGAUACRUCCGCCAGAGCGAGGAGCUGCGGCUGCAGCUGGAGAGGGAGAAGGAGGAGGAGGGUCAGAAGGAGAGGGAGCUGGCCAAACAGAGGUACGAGAAGCAGCUGCAGGAGGAGGAGCUGUCCCUGCAGCAGCAGAGGAGGCGGCUUUACAAGGAGGUGGCUGAUGAGAAGGAGAGGCUGGCUGAGCUGGCUGCCAGGCAGCGGGCCGAGCUGGAGGACCUGCGGCGGCAGCUGGAGGAGAACAGCUCCCUGGCCGGACGAGCCCUCAGAGAGGAGGUCGAGAGGAGCCGAGAGGAGCAGGAGCGGAGGCACCAGGUGGAGAUGAAGGUCCUGCAGGAACGACUGGACCUCGAGAAACAAACGUGGGAAGAAAACUACAAGAAGAAGGAGGAAGCUUGGAUGCUGAGCUGCGAGCGAGCGCUGAAGGAAGAACUGAGGCGAGAACGAGACAAGGAGAUCCAGCUCGCCAUCUGGACGCUGGAGGAGGAGACGAGCAAAGACAAGGAGGAGUGUGAGAGGGUGGCUGACAACAGGGUGAAGCGUCUGAGGGAGAAGUUUGAGUCCGAGCUGAAAGAGCUGGAACGCUCCGAGAGAGCCGCCGUGGAGAAACACCUGGAGCUGAGGAGGCAGCAGCUGGAGACGGAGGGAGACCUGAUCCGGCUGCAGGCGACGCUCCGGCAGAAGGAGCAGGAGCUCARCGACGUCACUCAGAGCCGAGACAAGCUGGCGGAGGAGCGCCGCAGCCUGGCCGAGGUGAUACRGCAGGAGUUUGCGGAGCGUCUGGUGGCGACGGAGGAGGAGAACCGCCGGYUGAAGGUGGAGGUGUCGGAAGUGCGAGCGAGGCUGCGGCUGGAGGUGGAGCGGAUCACCCGGGAGAAGGAGGAGGAGCUAGCUGAAGUCMACCAGCGAGUGAAGUCGGCCAUCUUGAAAAAAGAAGAAACUGUGAAUAAUCUCCGGAAGCAGCACGAG